AUGUCGUCUAAGCCAAACUCUCCCCCCGCUUUGAAAUGGGCCCUGGACGGACGAGAGGUCGACCUCCUUCACUAUGUUUUUGCUCGACCCGAUGUCAAGCAACUCCGAGGACAUCCAGAGAAAGUCCUCGCCGCAAUUGACGACUACCACAACCAGUUCAGCCAGCUCAUGAACGUCGGCCUAACCAAAGGUGAUUUCAUCACGGACAUUAUCGCCAAGCGUAAGCCAUCGGUAAUGAUUGAGCUUGGCGGAUACGUGGGUUAUUCCGCCAUUCUGUUCGGUGACGCAAUUCGCAAGAAUGGAGGAAAGCAGUACCUGAGCAUCGAAAAGAAUCCCGAAAUGGCAGCUGUUGCCAACCAGCUCGUAGAUCUGGCUGGACUACGCGACGUUGUGCGGAUUAUUGUUGGCUCCAGCAAUGAGGUGCUGGAGGAGCUGAUUAGCGAGAAGAAGGAGAUUGAUCUGGUGGAGUUGAUUUUCAUGGAUCAUUGGCAAGAUCUUUAUUUGCCAGACUUAUGGCUGCUGGAGGGUUUGAAGGUGUUGGUUCCGGGGAAGUCCAUGAUUUUGGCGGACAAUGUGAUCAUGCCUGGUGCGCCGAAGUAUUUGGCAUGGAUCCAUGCGACUCCGGAGCAGAAGAAGGAGAUCAUCGCCAAGUGUGAUGUCGGUUCAUUGACUCCGAAUGCGAACUUGGUAUAUGAGAGUGCUGUUUCUGAAUUUGACACUGAUUUCGGAAGGGAUGGAGUCGCGGUUACCAACAUCACGGGAACACAAGGCGCCUAG